UUCACAGCGGAACCAACACAGGGUCUCCUAAUCGGAAAACCCUAAUGUCAGAAAACCCCACAAAUUACAACAGAGCAAUAAGUUUUUAAAAAAUGGCGGAAUCAACCUUGAAAGAUCAGGGCAAUGAAUUCUUCAAAUCUGGGAAUUACCUAAAAGCUGCUGCUCUCUAUACUCAGGCCAUUAAGCUAGACCCUUCUAACCAUGCACUUUACAGCAACCGUGCUGCUGCCUUUCUGCAUCUGGUUAAGCUCAACAAAGCACUUGCCGAUGCUGAGACAGCAAUAACUUUAAACCCUGUCUGGGAAAAGGGUUAUUUCAGGAAAGGAUGUGUAUUAGAGGCGAUGGAAAGAUAUGAUGAUGCCUUAGCUGCCUUUCAAAUAGCAUUGCAGCACAAUCCACAAAGCUCAGAGGUGUCAAAAAAGAUCAAGAGACUUACACAGCUGGCAAAAGAUAAAAAACGAGUUCAAGAAGUGGAAACCAUGAGAUCGAACAUUGAUAUGGCAAAGCACUUGGAUGAAUUAAAAUCUGAACUGUCUGAGAUUUAUGGAGCUGAUGAAUCUUGGAAAGAGAUUUUCUCUUUUGUUGUUGAAACAAUGGAGACGGCUGUAAAAUCAUGGCAUGAAACUUCUAAAGUGGAUGGCAGAGUUUAUUUUGUCCUUGAUAAGGAAAAGACACAGACUGAUAAGUAUGCCCCAGUUGUCAAUAUUGAUAAGGCAUUUGAAUCACCCCAUACGCACAGCAGUUGUUUUGAAUUUCUGAGGCAGUAUGCUGUGGAUUCUUAUUCUCAUGCAGCUUGCUUAGUGGCUCCCAAAAGCAUUAUAUCCUACCCACAGGUCUGGAAAGGUCAGGGAUCAAGGAAAUGGAAGCAUGGACAAGAUGAUGGAUUCUUUGUUCAAUUUGAAUCACCUCUCUCGCGAAAAUUGUGGUUUGUUCCCAGUUCCACCGAGAAGGGGCAAAUAUUGUGCAGUGAUCCAGUGGUUUUGGACAUAAGCAUUCACGAAGUGCUUCCUCGUCUAUUCAAGUAAUCUGAAUGUUCUAUUCCAGAUGCCUCUUUAUCUUUGGUCCAAAUGCAUUUGAGUAUCAUCACCCAGCAAGGGAAAAAGGGGGCCUGUUGUUUGGAAAGAGGAUAGAGUUCAUGGUGAUCACCAGUGAAUUGCAUGGCCAUGCCAAAUGUUGAGAGAGAGAGAGAGAGAGAGAGAGAGAGAGAGAGUACUUUCAGGUCAGUUGUUGAACUUGUUGCAAGGGUUUCGGCAUGAUUCUUUCUUUUUCUUGUUGAAAGCAAUUGGGUUGUGGAGUUAGUAACUGUAUAACAAAUUUUGUGGUUGUGGUCGUGUGUUGUAGAAGGUAGCGCAGUUGUGAAGGUAACUUGGCUUCUUUUUCAGUUAUCUAACAGUUCAUCCGACACUCGCUAUUUGUUUUGUUUUGUAAAGAUGCUUAAAAGUAUUUCCUGGUUUUUCAAAAGGUUUGGACGGUGAUCUUGAUUCUUGAA